AUGCAGUCGCAAACAGAUACGAAUCGUCCUCUAUACAAUUCUGCUAUUGGGGUCUUCGAUAGCAGCCCUGACACCUCGUUGAUACUACUCCUCGACAUGAAGAGCAACGGCGCUGCCAUGUGGUCAUUGCUUCAGCAACAACUCGAACAUUUUCGUCAAAAAGAUUGGCUAUCUUACUGGGAUUGCCGCAAUCGAAGAUUUGUAUCACGGCCUCUCACAGUGGUGGUCACAGGUAAUGCACCCUUUGAGAUGGUGGAGGCCAAUUCAACACAUCGUGACAUAUUCUAUGAUGCACCACUGGAUGACAUUCAGAAUCCGAGAUAUACUGUCGAAAACUCCUACUAUGCAAGCACUUCCAUGCAGGCCUCGGUGGGUUGGCCACCGGCUGGUCGGUUCACUCCACGGCAAAUUAAAUCCAUUAAAAAGCAAAUCAGCAUUGCUACGGAAAAAAGGCUGAAAGCUAGAUACUGGAAUACUCCUAACUGGCCAAUUUCUGUGAGAAAUAGUGUAUGGAGUUUCUUGAUCCGAAGCGGUGUCGGCGUUCUGAACGUAGAUGACUUGUUUGAACUGGAUUAA